AUGUCGUCUCCAACACACAACUGCUGUCAUCCAAAGCAACAACAGCCGCAAACGACAGCAGGAGAACUUGCGAGCGUCAUGCAGGAAUUGCGUCAACGAUUCAACAAACCGACGAACCCGAACGAUGUGCCAGUUCAGCCUGUGCAGAAGAAGGAGCAGAAAAAGCAGCGUAGCUAUCUUCAGAGAAGAAAUGCUUUCCGAAGGCAGUGUAAGAAGCGUUUAGGAUGUAAGAUACAUUCACCAGCUAUGCUGUUUAAAUUAUUAUUUUUAGGGGAUAUUUUCUCCAAGAUCGAGAUGUGCAGUGAGACAGAACUUCUCAGCGACUGGAACAAAUUUCCAGAGGGGAAGUUGUGUGAUUGUUCAGAAAGAUUUCUCUUUUGGCCUGAUUGCUUUUAUGGCCGUCAGCAUACCAAAUCCUGCCCGUCCCUUUUCGUGUAUUCUCCUAGACUGAAGAAGCUUGCUGUCAAAUUGGAUCCCGAAACUCCGGAUUUCUUGAAAAACAAGUCCAAGCGGGAAGCCAUGGAGAAGCUUGAUGGUAACGAGAAAUCGCCUAAGCACUGCGAUGAGGCCAUUGAUAAGCCUGACUGCUCUGACCAACAUCUUGCCAAGCUCGACCCGAAGCAACAACAACUGCAAACGACAGCAGAUCUGACGAGUGUCAUGCUGGAAUUGCGUCAACGAUUCGACAAUCGGACGACCGCGAAGGAUGUGCCGACUCAAUCUGUGCAGAAGGAGGAGCAGAAAGAACAGCUUAGCUUCUUCCAAAGGAGGGAGGCUUUUUGGGAGGAGUGCCUAAAGCGUUUAGGAUGUAAGAUCCAUUCACUAACCAAUUUGUUUAAAGCCUUAUUAUUUUUAGGGGGUAUUAUCGAACGGAUCCAGAUGCGGAGCGCGGAAGAACUUCUCAACGACAGGAAGAUGUUUCCGAAGGAGGAGUGGUGUGAUCGUCCAAGCUCGCAAUAUAAUUGCUCUUAUGGCUGUCAGCAUACAAAAUCCUGCGAAGCUUUCUUCGAGUUUUCUCCUGAGUAUAUGAAGCAUAUUGCCAAAGUCGAAGCCAUAACUGGCCACAGAGGUCCAACCUACUUGACUAAGAAGUCCAAGCAGGAAAACGUGGAGGAGUGUGAUGCGGAUGAAAAAUCGUCAGAGUACUACGAGGGUGGCAAUGAUCGUCCUUCCUGCUCUAGCCGUCGACUUAUUGCCAGGUCCUACGAAUACCUCACUCCUGCUUCACUUGAUGCUGUAACAGCCAACUUUAGGAGCGACAGGGCUGCCAGCAAUUUGACAUCAUCUUCUAAUGACUACUUUGGCCAGACAUCUGAAAACUUCAGUCUUGAGCCUCUUCUAGGUUCACUUGAGGAUAUCAAUUCUACAAAGACUUGCCCUCAAACUACCAAUCAGAGAAAUUACUUCUUGGACGAGGAAUGGAGUUUGGACUUUGUCUCUGUUGGUUCGUCAUGUGUAAGCCUGAAUACCAUGGAAGAGCUUGAUCCGGAAAAAUGGCAAUUGUUGGAAUACUCUGUUAGACCCUUUGCCUCAUUCGACGACUUCUUUGCUAUGUCAUCGGCGUCUUCCGGAAAUGUCUUCUCCCCGAGCACUCCAGUGUCAGUUCCAACAAUAACUAGAUCGGCGUCUACUGGCGACUUUGAAGAUAUGGAAUCUGUUCCCUCUUCUAUUCAGUCUUCUGUCAGUUUUCUGUUUAGUCCUCCCGAAGCGAGAGAAACAGUGAGCCUUCAAACUACCAUUCAGAAAGAGUAG